AUGAUCAAAGAAAAAUGGAGAGAGAAUUUUAGAAUGUCUAAAGCGUCAUUGCUGAAGCUAGCAGAAGAGUUGAGACUGUACAUUGAGGGAAAAGAGACCAUCAUGCGUUCUUCUGUGGAUGUUGUGAAGCAAGUUGCCUCAACUCUAUAUUACUUGAGCGACGAAGGUCGACUUCGAAAGACAGCCAAUGCUUUUGGAGUUUCAAGACAGGUAACUUCUAAAAUAAUACGUAAAGUAUGCAAAGGCAUCAGUUUACACCCUGGAAAUAAGUAUAUACAUCUGCCAAAAACUGAAAUUGAAGUAAUAGAUCUACUGAAACACUUCAAUAGAACACAUGGCUUCCGUCGGUGUUUGGGUGCAAUAGAUGGCACACACAUCGAAAUAAAACAACCAACAGGCAACUCUACCGAUUACAUCAAUAGAAAGGGACGAUAUUUUUUGAACGUUCAAGCCACCUGUGAUUAUAAAUUUUACUUCAUGGAUGUUGCAGUGAAAUGGCCUGGGAGUGCACAUGAUGCCAGGGUCUUCUCUAACUUAAAUAUAAAUAGUUUCUUAAAGGAUGGGACAAUACCUGCAUGUAAACGUCUAGGGGACCCAGCAUACCCCCUCAUGCCGUAUGUUAUGAAAGAGUACUCUAAUGGCGGCUCAACAGCCCAAGAGCAGUACUUUGGAUUAAAGUUUUGUCAGUCACGAAUGGUGACAAGAAACGUAUUUCUUAUAAAGUGUUUUAUUUAUGAAUCACACACGUUACAAUUUUUCAUUCUCAUUUUUUUGAAUACAGCAAUCCGUUUAAAUCACAAUUUUGUAUAUAGAGUGGCAUAGUCGUAACUUUAUCCUCCAACACUUUUCUUUUCGGGUAAAAGUAGGAAAACCCAUCUCGAACUUGUUCAUAAGUAUACAUGCUAUUGUUGACAACCCGAAAACCUUUAUUUAAUCCUGCGCAACUCUGUUUCGUCAACAGAACAUUAAGAUAUUUUUCUUUGUUAAUGUCGUUUGUUUUCCUGUUGACCCCCUUACAACUGAACUUAUCAUAGGCCCCAAAGCAACAGUAGGUCUUGCUACUUAGACCAAUUAUUCCUGCCCCUGACCACUCUUCCUUAAAUAUAACUGGUGUUCUUUUGUCACAAGCUUUGUGUUCUGGAGUGUCGGUGUCCAUUUCACAGUACUUAAAAUCGCUACAAUCAAGGUACUUAUCCAUGAAAUCAAAAUAAAACUGAAGCAUUCUAAGUUUAGCGUAUUGAUAAACGACUAAACCUACCUGCAUGGGAAGGUUCAACCUUGAUUUUUUUCUUACAAGAUUGCACUUCAAACGUAUUUUCUUCAAUCUGGUGAGUCUGUCUAAAGAAGGGUUUGUUUAUUAGUUGAGGCGCUUUAGUUUCUAAACAAAUCUGAACUUCUCGGUGGUGUUCUUGAUCGGUUAUCGUCUUUCCAUAACUCGAGUUCCUCACCUUUGAAAAAACAACAACAUUGAUAUGAGUUUUUUGUACCUUAAAACGUAUUUCCUCCUCCUUUACCUCAAUAGGAGAACAACUUACCAAUUUCAUAGUGUCUGCAAUGAUGGCUUUGUUUGGGUCUACAUCUCCAGCCCGUCUGGCAUCCGAUACGGCUUCUCCAAAGGGUUGAAAGCAGGGAACGGGUGUAUACUCUACUACUUGAUAAAUGUGGGUAACUUCCAGACCAUGCUCCAAGUACCACUUAAUGAGUGGGGAAGCCAAUAAGAUCUUCUCACCAAAAUAGCUACUAACGAGACUUCUUCGAGGUUGUGACAUGAUGUUCUCUUCCUCAGCAAAGGUUUGCAUGUGCUGACCAAUAUCUUCUCUUGAAAUUUCUAUGUUUUUGAAAAUGGGACACAUUUCUGCAACCUUGGGUUUUAGUGCAUCAGGUACUCGCACGUCACACUCGACCACUCUAAAGAGGGACUCGCUUCUAAUAGCGCUUAAGAUCUGGUCUUGUGUCAGAGUCUUGUGAUGAUCAAGAGGGCGGUUAAACUUGGAGUUUAGAAACUGCUGAACUUGUGGGUUGGUUUUCUUAAUUCAACGCCACUGGCACUCGUAGAUUUCCACAAGAUGGCACCCCUGAUCCUUGAUGUACUUGGAGGUUGCUUUGGUUUCUUCUAGUAACUCCGUCAUUGGUCUUUUUCUCUUUUCGUUCAUUUCUUUUCCUUUAGUAAGAUGACAAAUAUGUCCAUUCCACCAGCAGCCAUGGAACUGAAACACUGUUUGCGAAGGACCGUGAAAACCAUUCACUGGUGUUUUUCUUUCACCAAUGCGUUUUUCUGUAUUCAUCUGGUGGCGUAUAAAAAUUCCUCCUUUAUGUGCCUUCCACUCUAACCACUCGGUUGCCAUCCUGGAAGAACUUCCUCUCUUGAAGCCAGUUUCCUCUCGGCAUCUUGUAAAUGAUCCGGUGGGCAUGUCUUGCAUGAUGGCCCUUAGAUAUAUUAAAGCAUUGGCAUCGUAUCCAACAAUCUUUUGACAGGCUUUUGCUUGUUUUCCUUGAUCUUCCAUUUCUCUGAUUUUGGUUUUUCCCGCCUCGUGGUAUUGAUGAAAGAUGAUACUAGGGCCACCCACUACAGAUCUUUGUUUUUUUCGUCAAACAGAGAGAAGAUGCCAGAUUCCAGGGUGGUAAAGAGGUACGUCAAGGUAACACCGGGAUUGAAAAUACCUUGUCUUAGCAUGUCGAUCUUUUUAUUUUUCCAGAAGGCGCACAUUUUUUGCAGGGCCUCACAAAAGGGCUGGACAUCUAGGUUGUUGUACCAGAUGAGAAAUUCUCGAAAAGUCUGCAUAUUAUUGUUCGACCAGACUUGUUGGCAGUACUGGUAGUCUUCAUCAGAAAUGUUCUUGUUUUUUUAAGUAGAAAAGAAGGCUUGGUGAGGUGGAAGGGAAGUGUGUUCUAAUUUCUCCAGAGAAUCCAGCCAUUCAUAAGGAAAGAACCCCUUGGUUUGAGGACACUCGUACGCUUUUAGAAACUUGUCGUAGCUGAAACCGGGAGCAAGAAAGUUGGUGACAUCAAGAAAGCGGAGAUGUGGAGUCCUUAGGCACAUGAAAUUAUGGUUACGUUUGAUAGUAAAAUGAACGCCUUCACUCUGGACUAGGACAGCAUUCAAGUCAUAUUUACCAGAAUUGAAGCCAAGGGCAGGAAGUUCUUGUAGGUAUUUUUGGAAACGAUACUUUCUCUAAAGGGUGCACUUUUUUCUUCUUAGGUUCUGGGCUGUUGUCCUCUGGUUUGUCAUAGGCACACUCGUGAUCAUUCUCACUCUGAUCCUCUUGUUCUCGAUCUAAGGCCCUGUAAAACGAGGCACCUUGUUCUUCUAGGUCAUCAUCAAUAAAGACACGAUCUUCCUCGGUUUCAGAUUCGAUUUCUUCUUCUUCGUCAUCUGUGUCCAUGAGAUCUUCUCCUUCAUCAUUGCUAUCCUCUUGGGUGUUGUCGUCUACUGUCUUGUCUUUGGAAGGUUCACAACUUUCUGAUUUUUGCUGUAAGUCUUGCAGCUUUUGGUCAAUGGCUUCAAAAAGGAAAUUUAACUCUUGCUUCAUAAGAUGACAACUUUCUUCACUGAUUUUGACUAGAUAGUCCAGCAUCUCUUUGACGAGCUGUUUGGAGUCUCCAUCGGACGCAAAGCACUUGGGUUGGUCGUAGUCUGGAACGUUGGAGCAGACACUCACACUGAGGGGUAUAUGUUUAGAAUUCCACGUCAGUUUUUCUGUAUUGUGAAGUUCCGUCUCGGCUGUAAACAUACACUUGAAGUCAAAGGUAGCUCUGUAGGGGAAGAUCUUGAGAUGAUCAGGAAUGAUCAAUCCUUCGUCUUCUAGCAACUGAAAGAUGGUCGGUGGAGUCUUGUAAGCACCUCCUGGAAACCGGUAAUGCACUUUUGCUUCACGGGUUCACUCGUGAUGAUUAAACAUGCCAACAUGUUUCCACAAUGUUACACAUCGCGAGCAGCUGUAGGACUUGGGAUACUUCUUGAUAUCGUUGAUACAGGAAAAGUGAUUCUGGUACAGGUUGAAGUAAAGAGUACUUGGGUAGUGGCGAAGGGAGCUGUGAACCAAUUGUGCAGCAAUGUCUGGUACUGUAUUUUCUUCUUCAGUAUUGUCUUCAUCUCCCUCUUCUCCAUCGGGCUUGGUGGCUUCAAGGGAAUAGACAGAAAUGUGUGUUCCAGAUCAGUAAGUUCUUUCAGCUUCACACCAAAAAACUUAUUUUUCUCAGGGGAAAAUUCUCUAUAUCACUCAUAGUAAUGCUGUGCAUCCCUCUCUAGAUUCUUUGGGUGACAACCAUUGUGGAGUGCCAAAGCCCGAAAAAAGCACAAAUUGUCGCUGUAGACUUUUCCAUUAUUGCAGUUGCGAUCCAAGGCGACCAAACCAUGGUUCUUGGCCAGAUAGGAAGGCAAGUAAGUACCUCUCCCUAUAGGAUGACCUCGUAGCUUGGUGACGAAGAAAGUGAUAUUGGUCACCUGUUCUACGACCCAUUUGGAGUUGGGGCGUCACUGGCAUACCCAUUCCAACACGUUAAGGUUUAACAAUGCUUCAUGAACUUGCUGAAGGUCAGCUGCGGUGGUAAUUUGAAAGGGUUCUUCAAAGACUUGUUCAUUUUUUCUGGAGGCAUAAUAAUAUUGAAGUGCUCUAGUCUCUUUGUUGCAUAGAAUGAAACCAAAAGACACAUUCAGCUUAAACACCGUGGACUGGUCAGUAAAAAUGUUAUUCAAAUGAGUGAUAAGUUCUUGAGGUUGGUGGAAAUUGUAGCAGUCCAAAGUACGAUUUUUGCAGCUAAAACUAGUGCGUAUUUGAUGCAAGUGGUUGCAGUAUUCGGGAACGAGACUUUGUUGCGCUUCAAAGAGAUCGGUGAUAGAUCUUGGCUCUUACUGCCAACUAGAACUUGGAGUUGACUGCUUUUUAUCGAUAGGGGUUGACUUUGUGUUCUUGGUUUUUCGCUCUGAAGGAAAAUAAAGGAUGUGUAAAUAGAAUAUCUCUAAUGUUUUCAAAAUACAGUUUCUCUUUAUUUCAUUUAUCGUGAGCUUACCACCACCAAAAUUACGGAAAAUUCAACUCCGAUUACAAAACAAAAUGGUGACACUCGCACGGAAUAUAUGGAAAAUCAGACAUAAUUGUAAUAAGCAAUUUUCUGCAGUUACCCCGGACAUUUUCCAAAGUCGCAUUUUUUGACGCGAGAAACAUGGGCUGCUAAUGUACAAUUAAAUUAUCAUUAUUAUUAUUAUUAUUAUUUUUAGAAAACCCCUCUGAUUUAACCCUUGGUCUAAAUCAUAUCUCAGAGUAGACAUUCUCCACAAGGAAAAUUUCAUGGAGAUGAAAAGCAGAUAAACCUUUUUUUCGUCAAAAAAAAAAUUCAAAAACCAAGUGGCUGUUUCCACUUCAAAAUACCAGAAAUCUGCUUUCUUCAGUCUGCAAUAUAUCUACAAUGACUUGUCUAAAUCGACUGAAAUACUAUCAGUUUGUAGCUUCUGUAUUUAUAGGUUAGUUUCCGAUUGAAAAAUACAUUUGCAAUCAGCGGCUUUUAUUUACCGGUAAAUACGUUGUGUUUGAAACCUCCAUUUGUCACCCUGAAAUUAUUUUGUGACCCCGAACCUUACCGCGGUAUAUACUAGUAAAGGGGAACAAUGUCGAUGUAAGCCACACGAUAUGUCCUCUUUCAAAUGUCCCAGAUAUCGGACCUUACAGUUUUAAGGACAAAAGAAGUGUUUAACAAUGUGUGACCUCUAUUAUAAUCAGUAAGGUACUACUGUAAACAAAGGCCAAUAAAGCACUUUUUCAACAUAUCCUACUUUCUGUUAAGUGUUGCAAAGGAAAUUUACAUAGCACUUAUCAUUCACACAAAAUGUUAUUUUGUUAUUGCAAAAGAGUCUUCCUAUCUGAGUCGUCUUGGCACGGACGAUUGGCAGACGUAGAAGGUUUACUGUGUGCUGAUUUUCCAUGUGCUCGAAAUGGACCCAGAUUUUGAAAAACUUCACCACAGGUAUUACAUAUGUAUUUCCACUGAGCCGCUUGGCGUUCAUGAACUGGUCUCACAUGCCAUUUUAAGGCAUCUAUUCGAUUAAAUUUUCGCCCACAGGGGGAACAUUCGUUUCGCUUUUCAAGAAUUGGAUAGCGUAGCAUUUUAGAAGGAGUAGAGUCUACUUCAUCCUGUAAAAUUAUAAGUUGUAUUUACCAACGGAUUUACAAACCUGUUUAAAUGAUGCAGUGUGACAAGUAUUAUUUACGUGCUCUGGCUCUAAAUUACGUCAACAAAGUCUUUCAACAGCAUGGUUUCAUAAUUCCUUCAUUUAUACACCAUAAGUUGUUUUUGUAAAAAUAUUUUUUAACUCCAUCAAGUUUAAAAUCUGACUUCAUUUAGACUAUUCAUCUGAAUCGAAUCUAUCUUAAGGUAACUUUUGUAGCUCUUUCUGCUCAAUAUUAUUGUAAAGGUGCAAAAACCAUUUAACUACUGCUAAAUUUAUGUAUUUCGCGUUUUGUCUUUAUAGUUUCUUAAUUUUCAUGUUUUUAUCUGUUUGUGUUUUUGGACCAUUUUAUUUCAUGAGGGAGAUUUAACGAGCUACGGCUCCUGAGCUCUUCGUGGUUAUAAAUAAAGUAUGUCGCACAACCCAAAACCAAAAUCUGGAAGGUACCUAAAGUACUACAAAAACUACCUCUGCUAGUCGUUUCCUGCCCGCUCCACUCUGUAUUUUGUUUAAGUGAGGCCGCCCAGUACCCUAAAAAGUAGCAAUUGGUUAAGUUGGAAAUAACACUUGACCAGAGGGAGAGAGAACAUUCAUUCAAAAUACAGAGAGCACAUACCUGUGGUAGUUUUUCAUACUCAUUGUCCCAUGGUUCAAAAAUUUCCGGGGGAAUGUCAAAAUCGAAAGUGGCAAAGUGAUUGAAAUUCAUGACUUCUUCUGACAAUUUCUGAAUGACGCGCUUGGUAAGGAAGGGCCAUUUUACGUGUUUCGGAACAAUAGAAAAAAAGGCAGGUAAAAGUAAACCAUGAUAUCAUCAUACCUGAAUAAAUAUGACAUCAUGACCAAGUAAGGACAUGAUAUCACUUUUCUAUUUAUAGAUUAUGAUCUCAAAAUUUUUCGAUGAAGUCAACUCUAGGAAAUUCUGACGUCAUAUGCUCCUUCCCAGCUUCAAAUAAACUAUGACAUCAUCCUAUCUUAAUGGGUGCAUGACAUCAUCUGCGCUAAUUUAUACCACUCAAAAAGUUGAUUAAAUCCACAAAAAACUGGUGUAACCGGUGCCUCCCCCACUUCUAAGAGCUGUGAGUGUAAAAGUUAAUUCAAGUUCAAUUCCGGGUAGAGUGCCACAGUCUCAUAAGAGGCUUCUUUCUAUUGCACAGUUCAAAUCCCUCGGUAGGAGGUGCUUGCAACUAGGGCUUGCAAUAAACCAACCAAGAAACCGUGGCAUAGUCUCUUUGCCCGUUUUACAUAUGACGCACUUCUAGCUCAGUCGAAAUGUGAUAAUUUAUACUGAACAUAGAAAAACCAGUAAAGUUGUUUUAAUGUGAAAGUAAAGCUCGCUUCACCUUUAGAAAUACCGUCGCAAUUACUACUUGAUUGGAAAUAAAUUACCUCGCGUGCUGGUCUUUCGUCUAGUAAAAACAGGCAAGCCACUUUGCUUUGAGCUCGUGGUUGUUCUUCAUUGUGCACUUCGCCACCUUAAUCAAAUCUUCUUUUAGUUCUUUUAACUUAUGGUUGUUUAUUAACUUGAGAUGCUCACUCUCCAUGGCCAUGAAAAAGCGAUAGGCGUUGUCACUGAUAUGAAUAAGGCUUCGCUCUCAAUACUGCCUUGCUUCUGUCACAUCGAGGGUUUCGGCCUCCUUUUGUACUCUCUGAUUAUUUUGCAAAUGGUACCAUGCCUUUUUCUUCCAAAAGUUCGCACAUGCGAUGGUGUCGAUGGACUUUCUGUAAGGUUUUCUUAUUUUCUCUGUAAAUGUUGCCCUUAACGAAAUUUUCCAAUAUUUUUCUUAUUGCCCAGCCUCCAACGUAACGCGCUUUUGAUCUUCCCACUGCAGACAUUUCUUCGACGUUGAAUUCUACAGCUUCAUUUUUCUAGUCAUCUCUAAUGGACUCCGACAGGUGUUUCAAGAAUUACAGGUGUAUCUUCAUUCCAAUCUUAACAGCCACCGUUUUCUGCACUGGGGUGAAGUGAGUGGUUUUAAAUAAGGUAGCAACUAUUUUUUUUAAUAAUUUAUUUAUUAAACAUCAUUUAACAUAACAUUAAAACAAACUUUACAAUAACAGGGCAGCAAAUAAAAAGGAGGCGAAACAGUAAAAAAAUAAAUAAGUAAGAACACAAACAAACAAAACAAAGCGAAAUACGAAGAUUCAACGAAUUAACAACAACAAGCAGAACAAAUAGAAAAAUGUUUGCUAAAUUACUAUAAAUCCAACACUAAUCAGGAAUGCACAGCGUGGUCCACUUAUUUCUGUAUUUGUUAUGGUUUCUGUUUGUUAUUUCAAUUUCUCUUUUGCACUGGAUGUUAAUUUCCAGGAGAACAAUGAAAAUUUCCAGCUCUGGGGUCUCAAACUUGUUUCUAGCUAAGUAAACGUAAUAUCUAGCAAUUAAGAGAUGAUAGUUAAAAGUGUGAAAGCUGUUAGAUUCAGGUUUGUAUCCAUAAAGAACUUCCGUUGGAUUGGGAUUUAUGUUUUCAGAACGUUUACGAUUCCACCAAUCUAUGACUUUUUCCCAAAAACUUUUUACCGCAGGACACUCAUAAAUAUAUGGCUAAUAGUUUCACAAGGAGCAUCACAUUGUUCGCAUUUUGGAGAAGAUUUGACGUUCAUUUUUUAAAGGCGUUGGUUGGUCAAGAGAAUAUUGUGGAUGAGUUUGAACUGAAAACUUCUUAGCUUAAUUUCAAUGGUGAUUUUGAAUGGAAGCUCAUAUACGGCACUAGGAGUGAAUGUUUGUUCUCUUAAAUAGGAUUCAGUUAAUGGAGGGCAGAAAGAUUUCUCAGCAAACAUUAGUCAAGCAUAUUUUGCUGAAACAUUUGCAACGGUUAGUUGUGAUACCUUUGGUUCAUUGGUGUGUUCCUGAUUGCCAUGUAAGAUAGCAUUUUUCCAAUCUUUAGGAAUCAUGGCCAGAAGACCGCCGUAAUCAAGAAAGGUACCACGAAUGUGAAAAGUAUCUUUAAGGUCGUGGAAAGACAGGAAGUUAUCGUGAGCAUUGAGGAUAUCUUUGAUUCUUAAAAUGCCUUUACUGACCAAUGCUUUAUAAAAAACUGUCUUUCCACCGAUCUUAAUAAAGCGGUUAUUCCAAAGUAUUUCCUCUUUAAUUUCAUUAACACUAAGGGGUACCUUGGAAUGAAGGAUCUGCCAGUCCUUCAAAAUGUUCCUAUAAAAGAGAGGGAGACCUUCUAGAUCUAAGAAUUUCAAAUCGCAAUUACACCGAAACAAAAAAGAGCCUCCGAAUUUUUCAAGAUGAGAGUCAAGAAACGCACACCAAUGAGGACUAUCCGAUGAACAAUAGCGAUUUACCAAGGCAGCUUAAAGAGGCUUUUCUACAUCCGCGAUAUUGACCAUGUUAAGGCCACCUUUGGAGAUUGGGCCUGUCAGUGUGUUUCUUUCGAUUUUAUCAGGUUUAAAGUUCCAUAUGAAAGGGAAAAUGACCUUAUUAACUUCUCUGGCAAAAUCGGUCAGAAUAUCAAGUACAGAGCUAUUAUAAACAAGUUUAGACAGUGCUAUUGUUUUGACAAAAGCAAUUCGCCCCAGGAUUGACAAGCGCCGACCUGACCAAAGAUUUAACACCUUUUUCAUUUUAACAAGCCGUUCAUCAACGUUGAUUUUCUCGCCAACGUGCAUUUCAUAAGCAAAACUAUGCUGAGGGAGGACACGUAUUGCUUUGGCCAGGAAAUUCCAAAAGGCUCGUCUUUACCUAAUCUGUUUUUCCACAAUCCCAGCCAUAGCCCUUCAGUUUUCAACUUAUUUAUUUUCAGACCGAAGAGCGUACUGAAUCGAUCAAGCAAAGCAAAAAGGGCUACUGCAGAUGAGUCGUCGUGAAUCAAAGUAGUGGUAUCAUCGGCAUAUAAGCUGACUUUAGAUUCUUUGUUUCCUUUUUUAAGACCUUUCAUCGAUUUGCUUGUUCUGAUCUUAAUAGCAAGAGGUUCUACAGCAAGAAUAAAAAGCAUCCCAGAAAGCGGGCACGCUUGUCUCACUCCCCUUUUUAGGGGAUGAAUUUCCGAAGCGUGUCCAUUGUCUACAAUGCACCUAGAGAUAUUAUGAUAAACUGUGUGGACCCAGUUACGAAAACUUGGGCCAAAAAGUUCAUUUCCUCUAACACCCUGAAGAGUUAGUCCCAUUCUAAUGAGUCCAACGCUUUUUCAAAAUCCAGAAAGAAAAUCAUUCCUUGGUCAUUUUCAUGUUGUGCGAUAGUAUCAGAAAUAAGACGGAUCAUCAUGUUUUCGCCAAUGAAUCUGCCCUUAAUUUAUCGGUAAUUGUGAAGAAGAGCUCCCCAAAAAACCUGUCAGUCAACUGUCGGCUGACACAUUACCGACAGUUUACCGACAGGCUACCGACAGCUAACCGACAGGCUACCGACAGGCUACCGACAGUUUCCCAAAGAAGAAAAUUGUUGAGAAAACACGCAUUAAACAUGACAUAGAAACGAUCUUUAAUAUACUCACUUUGGAGGUUGGUUGGCCGCAUCUUGGACAUGCUUAAGGUGACAGCGCGAUGCUGUUAGUGAGUUCUUCACUUCUUGUGUACCUGUCAUUACUUGGCUGUGUAGCCGCGUGAUGCGGUUCCAGUCGAGACCCACAAAUUGGCCCUUGCUCACCAUAGAGUCUCCAGUAGCUCAAGUGGUUAGAGCAUCCGACUAGAUCACGGAGGGUCGUGGGUUCAAAUCCCAUCUGGGACUCGGAUUUUUUUUCCGAGUCCUCCUCAAAUUAAUAUCAUGUUAAUAAUCUCGAUAGACAUCACUUACUUACCGAUUGAUGGUAAAACGAUUUCUUCCGACAUGUUUAUAGAAAGCUUUUGAAAUGCGAAACCGAUAUAUUAUUCGCGAAAGACAACAAGGCAAUCAAUGAAAUCAGAUUUAGAGGUGAUUUAAUCCCAAUCUCUGAAAUCCUACAAGAAAGCUACUUUGGAAGCUUCUCAGUCGUGUUGCUUGGCUUCACGUACAAAUCGCCCAACAAUGCCUAGCGAGCGCUGUAUGUCAUGUAUGUAUCAAUGAUGUUUACCUUUUGACUAACAAAGUUUUCUACUUUUGCAGAUUCAGACCUAUUAGUCUUUCGAUGACUUAAUGUUAAUCUUCCGAAUUUCAAGCACAAAUAAAUUGAAUUAUGUACCCUCGAAUUGUGCCUUAAUUAAUUAGUAUCUGUCAUAAUCCGAUAAUUUGACUUGGAUGCGUGCCGCGAUAAUUGAUUUAGACGCGCGCGUGCCGCUUAACAAAAUUAUCACACAGUGUCGGCCGACUGUUGGUCGACACACGGCCGACUGUCGGUUGACAGACGGCCGACAGUCGACCGACAGGUUUUUUGGGGAGGUCUUCUUCACAAUUACCAAUUUAUCCUGUUUGAUUAUUUCGUAUAAGGAGCGGAAGAACUUUCUCCAGCCGAUUAGCAAUGCAUUAAGUAGCAAUUUUGUAAUCUGUAUUUAAAAGCGAAAUGGGACGCCAAUUUGUAAGAGACAAUAGGACCUUAUCCUUUUUUGGGAUUAGCGAAAUAAUUCCUUGUCUCUAAGAGAGGGACAGUUCCCCUUUUAGAGCCCUGUGAUUGAGACAGUCAAUUAAAGGGCAAGAAAUCUCCUUCCAAAAACAGAGAUAGAAUUCCGCUGUUAGACAGUCUGUUCCGGGGUCUUGUUACGUUGAAAAGCUUUAUGGCAGAUGAGCAUUCUGCUUCAGUAAUCGAACCUUCUCAAAGGCUUUGUGAGACAUCGUCUAGUCUUGGUAAAGGUCCAGAAUUAAGAAAGUCUGAUAGCUGGUCAGGGGAGGUUUGGUCUUGGGAAGUAUAUAAUUGUUGGUAGUAAUUCUUCAUUUCAUUCAAGAUAGUUUUCAAGUCUUCUAUUGUAGACCCUGCCGAGGAUUUCAAUUUUUUUGUGUCUUUUGUUUUAAUUUCUUUUGGAUAGGUUGAGAAAAUGUUUAUUACAUUUUUCUCCUGAUUCAUACCAUCGAGCUGGCCUUUUGACAAUACAACCUCUGGUUUUCUCCUUGGCCAUCUGAUCUAAUUUAAUCUUUGCUUUUUUUGCCUUGUUCGCUAGAGGAUUUCCUUCUGGAGCAGCAUCAAUACGAGCAUUUAGAUCUUGGGAGUUUUCGGAGGAGUUCAGAUUCCAUCUCUUUUUUCCUUAGCUUUUCUUUUAGCAAAUCGAAUGGAGAAGAUCCUUGUUUCCAUUUUUAUGAUUUCCCAAAAAAGCCUUUUAUCAACUUCCCUGUAGUUUUCUUUACCAUUUAGGAGCGAAAACUUCAAUUUUGUAACGAAUUCUUCGUCCUCAAGAAGAGAAUUAUUAAACUUCCAAAACCCUGGUCCUCUAGGUACUUGGUCUUCUGGUGUCAACGAGAUGAUGACAGGCGAGUGAUCUGAGUCAUAAAAAGCGCUGAUAUCCAUUCCAGUAACGUGUGUUAGUAAUUGUUUCGAAAUUAGCCAGAAAUCUAGUCAACAUUUAAUCUUUCCUGAGCCAUUUGCCCAAGAAUAACGCUUCUUAUUUGGGUGUUGAGUUCUCCAGACGUCAACUAAGUCAAAGCUGUUACAAAGUUCCUGGAUUGCUUUUAAUGGUCCUUUUGCUAUGGAGUAUGUCCCUACCACCUACUUUAUCGACCUCUGUCAAAUGACAGUUUAAGUCACCACCUUGUAGAAUGUUGUUAGUACUACUAAGGCGAAUGGGAUCGAUGAUUUUGUCAAAAAAGUUAACUUGCUGGUUUUGGUCAUUGGGACCAUAAAUAUUGACUAGACACAAAUUAUCUUGAUUAAUAUCUAUGUUUGCGACGAGAAAAUGUCCAUUUUUGUCAACAGUGAUUUCCAGAAUAUCAACGUUUACGGAAGGCUUAAACAAUAUCUGUUUUACGUAGUCAUACACUGCGUAUUCUAGUGACCACCACAUAUCGUAUAAUCAAUCACGUGAUCUUUAUUGAUACUAACAUUUGUAACAACUGAAACAAUUAUAUUAUUCCAUCUGAAACAAAGCAAUACAAUUCGUCGUUACCCAACUUACUUAUAAUCUGUAGGACAAUGAUUUCACUGAAAAAUACCUCAAUUAGAAUCUCUAAUUUCACGAUCAUGAUUUACUCACUUCUGUGGUGGGUCGUAGCUUAAAACUGGUUAGCUUGAAUCUCUUGUACUGGUGAGCAAUACUGGUUAGCAAAAUACUUCUGAUUGAAACCCGACAGAGUGUAAAACAGCAUAAAAUCUAGUAAUCUCAAAAUAUCGAUCAAUGUUCUAAUCUUAAACUAAAUAAAUGUUUGUAAUUACGAGUUUAUUUGCGGUUCUGUUAACGAAACAUCCUCCACCCCGAUAAGGGUGCAGUCCUUAUCACCUAAUCCACUUUAAUUGUAUCCCUCUGCUGGGUAGAUGACUGCAAUCUUUGUCACGGGAAGGCUGUAAACUCCCUUGGCCUUUUUCACCUUGACGUUACCUACUUUCCCAUCAGCUCCUGGAAAUACGUGUACAAUCCUGCCCAUAGUCCAUGAGCCUCCAACAGCAUUCUCAUCUGUCACUGUCACGACAUCAUCAAUCCUGACGUUUUGUUCUAUGCGCCACUUUCUCCUGGGGACAAGUGUGGGAAACACAUCUCUCUUCCAUCGUUUCCAGAAGGAGUCAACUGCCAUUUCAACAUGAACAGCUCAGGUAUUUAAACAUGUAAAAAUCACUCCGUAGUGCUUUGCAGUCUUGUUUCGUCCGACCUUGACCUGAAAGGGUCCAAAAUAGUCACACGCUGUGUAGUGAAAUGGUGGAGUUAAAGGUGCCAAACGAACUGAGGGGAGAUCUGCCAUCUUUUGAGUUUCAACUCUUCGUGCCAUUUCUCGGCAAAAUGCGCACUUAAAUUUGACGGACUUGGCGAGUUUGCUGGCCUUCAGUAUCCAGUAUCUUGCUCUGAUCUUGACAGUCGUGCUUGCCACUCCAGCGUGUCCACAUUGGGGCAUGUGUCUUGUUAUCAACAAUGAAAUACUGUGCUCGUAGGGCAGAAGAGCAGGGUGUCUUGAGUCAUAUGACACUACACCAUUGUCGACUCUACCUCCAACUCUGAUCACUCCUUUGUUGUCGAUGAAAGGGCUGAGAGCGUCAAAUUCUUUCUUCUCCAUUCGUCUGUGUAGACUCUUCUGUGCCUCUGCAAGCCAUAGAGCUUCAGCCUCUUGUAAUUCACUGAGGGUAAGAGGACCAUAUUGCCGUUGUCCCCCACUGCAUCUUGCUCGAAUCCUCCAAGCCAGUCUUUGGAUAGGUGCAGUUACUCUGAUCAGUCUUCUCAAGCUGGAAAAUCUCUGGGGGUGAAUUGUUUUGCCACUGUUGGGAGUGGUCACUGUACCAACAAUCUUCUCUUGGCGAUAUCCCAUCUCCCUUCUUUUUAAACUUACUGGAGCUGUUUCCCGAGGCCAUUCUGAUUCGGGUAGUCGGAGAAACUCUGGUCCAUUGGACCAUCUCUUGUUUAAAUCCUGCACAGGUAUCCCCCUCAAAACGUCAUCUGCUACAUUGAAUUCUCCUGGAAUGUGUAGCCACUGAAUUGGGUCAGAGCUACUUUGUAUCUCACCGACUCUAGAGGAUACAAAAGGUUUAAAGUUUCAAGACGUACUGCGAAUCCAUGCUAACACAAUUGUGCUAUCCAUGAAGAACAUGACAUCACUGAAUUUAAUUCUCGACUCCUCUUGAGUUGUCUUCGCUAGACAAGAUGGAAGUACGGCAGCUUAAAGCUCUAGGCGUGGGAUGGUUGCCUGUUUUAGUAGCACCACUCUGGACUUGGCCGCUUUGAGCUCGACUUCAUACUUAUUGUUCUCUCCCUUUUGCCGGAUGUAGGUGCAAGAUCCGAAGGCCUCUCGUGAUGCAUCAGAGAAAAUGCACAGUGUUGCGUCCUCAUUGGCUCUGAUGGUAAACAGACCUCUCGGGAAGGACACUUCAUUAAGUUUCGUCAUCUCUUGGAAGAGUCUUGAAUUGCGGGUUGGAGCUCCUGGUCCCAACCGAUUCCUAACUGCCAUAGGUGCUGGAUCCCAAUCUUUGCUCUGAUGAGAAAUGCAGAAGCUAGCCCGAUAGGAUCGUAAAUAUGAGCGACUUUACUCAGUAUCAUCCGCUUGGUCAACGUGGCUGCGCUUUGAUCUGUAACAUCUGAUACCUUUAUCAAUUCUGGCCUCACUUUAAAACGAAGCUCGUCAGUUCUGUGGUUCCAUACAACUCUUAGAACCUUGUCUACUUCUGCUCCUCCUUUGAAUACUUGCGUUACAUCUGAAAUCUUCUCCUUUUCGUUCCCCUUUGACAUAUCUUUGUUCGAAAUCCAACCUUUAGCACUGAAGUCUCCUUUAGCCAGCACGCUAUCAAUGUCAUUGCUUAGCCCUUGCACUUUUUCAACAAGGUCACAAAUGAUUGCAUGCUUGAAAUUCUGCUAACACUAGCUUCUGGUUUUGCGCUUCUUGUGUUUUUCCCUGCAAAGCCGGUUUUCAGUGGUCCCUUUCCCUUAGUAACUAAGUUGUCCAGAUAAAUCUUUGCUUGAAUUUCGGUGUCCAUGAAAAUUUCCUGACAUUCUUCCAUCCAACGUUCCUGAAUUUCGAACUCUUCAUCGUCUUCAAUUAAUUUUGAAUAGUUCUCGCGUUUCACCACAAGGUCAUCAAAUGCAUUUUGAAGGUUAGUUAAUGCGUCCUUUACCUCUAUGCCAGGUCGUUUAACUUCAAUUUGUUUGGACAACGCUUUCCUACAUCUUGUGAGGGUUGCCUUCGCAGUCCUCCUGUCCAGCUUUGUGCUUUUAAUUGCGUUUUUUGCCAUGUGCUUGGUUCUCCCGCGGUGCUUAGAUAGUUGCCAAACUGUACUUUCUUUUCAACCCAGAAAUCGAGUAAAAUGUGUUACGUAGUCAUACACUGCGUGUUCCAAUGAUCACCGCAUAUCGUAUAAUCAGUCACUUGAUGUUUAUUGAUACUAACAUUUGUAGCAACUGAAGCAAUUAUAUUACUCCAUCUGAAACAGAGCAAUACAAUUCGUCGUUACGCAACUUACUUAUAAUCUCUAGAACAAUGAUUUCACUGAAAAAUACCUUAAUUAGAAACUCUAAUUUCACAAUCAUGCUUUACUCAGUUCUGUGGCAGGUCGUAGCUUAAAACGGGUUAGCCUUAAACUGGUUAGAGUGAGCAAUACCGGUUAGCAGAAUACAGUGUAAAACAGCAUAAAAUCUAGUAAUCUCAAAAUGUCAAUCAAUGUCCUUAAUCUUUAACUAGAUCAAUGUUUGUAAUCACGAGUUUAUUUCCGGUUCUGUUGACGAAACAAUAUCUUUACGCCCUUACUGCGUUUGGAAGCGUGCGCAAACAGGAUUUCACCACCCCAGUCUGCCCGCCACACAUCCUCCAAGGUAGGAUCGCUAUAGGUUUCUUGUAAGAAAAUUCUAUCAAAUCUAUUCAGAUAUAGCCACCGAAACAGCUUCCUCCGCUUAAUUGAUUUAUUGAGGCCCCUUAUGUUCAUUGAAUCUGCCUUAAGGCACGUAUGUUUCUGGUAUCUUUAGGCAUUCAUUUUUGGGUUUGUGUUCCACCCUGUGCAAAUCGUUAUGGUGUUUGGCUCAAGAAAAAGUUGCCGUUUAGUGUUUUGGCACAUGCAAAUUACAAUGCACAAAGGUGAAAAGCAAUUGCAAAAUAAAAGACAAAACAUAACAAGCGAAAUACUUUGACAAAAAUUUCUAGCCCUUGUAACAAAAUGCUUAUAAAUUAAGCUGUAGAACAGCCUGUUGUAUAGGAAGGUUAAUGCCAAACAGCAUUCAAUCGCGAUUAACUAAAAGUGAUGCCCUCCUACCAUUCUCUCCGCUAUUUAAAUAUCAGAAUGUAAAUUUAAGACUGAAAAAAGUAGCAAGGUGUAAGGCGAAGAAAGUGAAAAUUUAAAUAGUAUUGGAAAGACGUGUUUCCUAUUUUGGGGAGCAAAUUAGCAUCGAGGUUUAGUAACCGAGGCGAAAAAAAAAAGAAGAAAAAGACCAAAUUAGCUAAUUUUUGUAAGAUCUCCUUCAGCGGGUAUUAUUUUUGGCUGUUCUUCCUGUGACUUCGUAAUAAAUAUCUUGCCGUCCAAAGUCCAGGCACUAUGCCAAUGAUUCUCUUUCUUAAAUUUUGUAACUUUAGCAAACAAAUUGUGCCUUAAAUAUGUAAGAUUUUCAUUCAUAUAUACGUUUGUAGCAUGAAAAUACCGAUUUAAACUCACUGACUUUAGAUGUUUCCUAGCUUUGUACAGCGCAGUUUUCUUAUGUGAUUUAAACCGAACAAUAAUAGGUUGGCACCGCUGCUGUUCCGAGGUCCCAUUUGGUGACAAAUGUCGAUAUCAGAGGGAGAUAUAUGCACUUUGACGACUUUUCGAAGCUUAACAUUUUCAGCGAUAUCUUCGUCUGCAGUUUCGGCGAUUCCAUGAAUCUCUAAGUUGUGUUUUCUUGUAUACUGUUGCACAUCAUUUACUUGGGUUAUCGCCGUUCCAAGAUCUUCAUAGAGGAUGUCCACAUGUGCUCUUAUGUUGCUGAGAGAUUGUGCAAGUGACAACACUUUAUCUUUAAGCUCUUUAUUUUCUUUUUUGAGAGACGUCAGUUCGGCAUUAUUGAAGUCUAGGGGUUCCGGCAACAUUUCCCGUAUAACCCCAUACAUUAAUUAUGCAUACAUCUAUUGUUAGAAGAAAACAAAAGAAAGAACAAUACUAAGCCUUUGGGAUUUCAGCUAUUAUCAUAAAAAUUUUUGUUUUUUUAAAACGCCCUAAAUUUGGCGCUUUUUGCAAUAAAAUCGAAACUUUUUCAAACAAAUUUUGAACAUUUUUUUCCGUUGGUAAACCUAACUAUAUAAUUAAGUCCCUUUCGGCAAACUAAAACAAAAUAUUUCGUAGCGCAGAGCAUUAAAUUCCCUAAACUAACCUGCGAAUUUAACACGCUAAACAAAAUGAAAUAAAGUCCUACCUUUUUAGCUGUGUUCGUCAGAGUUUUGUUGUCCCUGAAAUAUUUUCUGAGGUACCUGCGUCGUACGUCUCAUCUGUAAGCAAGUAAAGUAAGUAAAAGCUUUAUUAAUGUGUCAAUGUCUUUAAUUGUCACAACUAAUUGGGGACACAAAAACAAAAGUUAUUUACAAAUAAGAAGUAAUAAUAAUAAUGUACAUAUACAAUUAAAAUAUGUAGCAUGUAUAAAUUGUAUAAUAAAACAAUAGGUAUAUAACAGGUAGUCUCUAAGAACUGCAAAGGUUACAGCAGCUAUUUUUGUUGUUUGAGAGUGACGUUAGGUCUUUUUUCGUAAUGUUCUUUUUGAAAGAUUCAAUAUUCGAGGAGCCUUUCAAUUUAAUAUCUAGUUUCGACCAUAUAUGAGGUCCUUGAUAUCUAGAGAAUGCUUUCCAUAGUUGAUAGUGUUCCAUAUCUUAAUGUCGAUAGUUUUAGAUCACGAACGGUGCAUAGAGUGGUAUAUAUUUACCCGUUUAUACGUCAUUUGCGACGUUAUAAAGUUCGGUGAUGUGCCUCAAUAUGUUUCUAAAGGGGUUUUCUCCGUAAUGCUUACGCCACAUAAACUCCUGUAGGUAGGUGGCUUUCGAAGAGUUCUUUGGAUGUUCCUGUACAUGGAUAACUUCGCUUCACUCCCCACCAUGUAUUUUCGAUGCCCUGUGUGUGGGCACCUGUGCCUGGGUCUACGAAGUUCUGGCUGUGGUCAACCGUGAGAUGUUCGUAGCCCUCGUCUUUUAGACAGUCAUAAGAUACAUACAUACAUUCUUUAUUUGAACAGCUCCCUGCCUAGGGCUCUUCCGCCAUCAAUACUGACAACUAAUUACAUGAAUAUAUCCUAAUAUGCUAAAAACUAAAAGUUACAAAUUUAACAAAUAAUACAGACUUUCGCCUUAAACUUUUUAACAUCGGAAGUAUGCUUAUCUCGUUUGGGAGGUUGUUAUACAACUUUGCACCCCGAAAAGCAAAUGAUCGUUGCCCUGGUUUUAAUCUACAAAUUGGAAGGUCUAACUCUCCACUGAAUCAUAAGUUGCUCAUCACGCGUGUACCUGGCAAUAUUUGAGUGCGAAUAAUGGGUAAGAAAGUUUCUUUAUCCCUGCGCUCUACCAGGACAAGGAAGCAGGCCUUGGUUUCGCGGCAAAGGCCAUCAAAAACCCACUUCCCUUCGAUUUUCGACCUCGGUGAUACUUCAUCUUUUCAAACUUAGACUCGUCAAGCUCAACAGUAUUUCCAGGUCUGCCUAUUGGCCCCGCAUUAUGAUUCAUGAUGAUUCAUGGCAAUAGUUAUACCAAUCUAUCACCGUUUCUGUUGAAGUUGUUUCGUCGUCCAGAGAGGUUUCAUGCACUGCUUGAGUAGUGAUAAAUUUGUGCGCCCAAGGGUAAAUUAGGGCUAAUACUUUUUCAAUGGAUGGCCUGCUACCAGAAAACCAUGACUUCUGGGGCAUUGAUGCUGCCCCAUUGCACCCUCUCUUGGAUCAUCGCCACUCGUACCCGUGUCGCGAUGAAGCUUGUCUAGUCCAGCUGAGUACAUUGGGGCACCCAGCUCUAGGACGUUUCAAUGAUGACGCGGGUAGGUUGUUUUCCUUACACCACUCUAUGCACCAGUCGUGAUCCGCCAGAAUUUUUGAUAGCUUCAAAAAGUUGAUUUCGUGAGCCAUAGCCGAUUGAAAUACAUGCAGGGAAAGAGCGUUUCUGAAGUUUGCGUGCGUUUUAUUGCCUGCAUUGAUGCAUUAUUUCGUGGAUAUGUUACAAGCAAAAGCCUGAAUAAUAUACAUGACUUCAUGUUUCAGCUGUAUUGUUAUGUAUAUUUGAACUUGAACAUGCCAAAAGAUAUCCUUCUUUUAUCCGGUAAAUCUCAACAAAUCAUCGUGCUCUAGUGGUAUGGUAGACAGACAGGAACACCAGAGCUAAAGAGGAGCGUUGGUUCAAAUCUCACUGAUGGCCAAGGAAAAAGGGAAAAAAGAAACUGCUGGAACACUGGAGAGAGUGGCUGGGGAAAGAAAGGGGGAAUAAGAGCGAGAGAGAGUAAAAAAAAACGCAGUAAGUAUUCAUUCCCGAUGUAUAGAUGCAAUACUCUGGGGAAUUUGCUAUUGUUUUAGAAGACAAUAGCAGGGAUACAUAAUUAAUGAGAUCGAAUGAUUAAUUAAUUUUUGGGGUUAUACGGAAAUUUUUCCGAGCUUCCUUUAAUUCUUCAUAUUGCCUUCUCAUAGCACGGUUUUCUUCCAAAAGUUCGUCUGUGUUCCUACGAAUCUUGUUUAGGACUAUCCAAACGUUACUCUUGUUCUCGUUGUUGCUUAACUCUUCAAGAGUCUGCUUCGCCGACUUGGUUGGAGGUAGCUCGGGCGAGCUUCCGCUACUAAACCUUUCAUUACGUUUUCUUCGUACGACAGAAGGUGUAUUACUGCUUUCCUAACUUUCUUUUCUUGACAUUUUAGGGCGGAGAGAAUAACGUUCUCGGACUACUCGAAAACACGCCCGCACAUCAUGCGAGUCUCCCCAGUCUCCAGAUAAGGCAGCAACAUAUUUACGGAAUUCCUGACUGCACCAAAACUCGUUUAAUGGCAAACAACAGUUUUCAACCUUUGCCAUUCUUUUUGGCAUUUUACAGGGUCAAUCACUGCAGGUGCAUAGCUUCCUUUGUUUAAGUCCUGUCGUUCCAGCUAUAUGACUUGGGAUGCCUACAGAACUGGCGCAAUUGACCACUCCAGAAAAUACCGUAAUGCUCUUUUUUGUCACCCCAAAAUUUUGCGUAAGCAUUGUGUUCAGUUUCAGUUUUUCAGUUUUUCUUUUCUCUUAGGGCCAUUUUAACUCCCAAGAGAAACUGAAGACAAUGCUUAUGCACAAUUUGGGGUGACAAACAAAGAGCAUAAUAGUAUGUUAAGGUGUUUUCUGGAGUGGUCAACCGCUUAAUUUCUUUGCAUCCAUAAUUGACCAAGUCGUCUCUGUGUUGAAAGCUGAUUAGCGUCAUAGCUAGUACACUAUAAGAAUAAAGGAGAUCUUGGCCAUCUUUUGGGAAUCUGCAAUCAAUAAGUGAUUUGAUAUUAGCUGCAUGAAAUAUGAAGUAGAAGAAGAUAAUUCACUGGAUAUAAGGUGAUCAACAUCCAGAUGUGUAAAGUUCAUGUUGGAAUGAAAAAAAACCUUGCUUUGAUGUUAGCAACCAAUGAAUCGACGACUUGAUCCAGGUCACAGUUUAAACUGUGGGCAGAAGUUUACAAUGGCAAGGAGAGUGGAAAGCGUUAUGCGAUUGUCAUGGUGGGAAAGUCUUUCUUGUCUCCGGCGUACAGAAGUGUUUAA